AUGGUAUUUUACGAGCCUGAGCUCACGCGACAUAACCUCCCUAGAGAUCCAUUCAAGUCAUGUGUGGUUCCUCGACCUAUAGGAUGGAUCUCAACUCGAUCUGUCGAUGGCAAAGAUAACCUUGCUCCAUAUAGUCAAUUUAACAACCUCACUUUCGACCCUCCCUACGUCAUGUUCGCUGCAAACCAAACAGAAGUCAACACUCGCAAAGACACAGUAGUAAACGUCGAGUCAACCGGCUCCUUCGUCUGGAAUAUUUGCACUUGGGACCUCCGUCAAGCCAUGAACAUCACCAGUGAACAGCUCCCCUCCUCCGUGGAUGAAUUCGCCAAAUCAGGACUUACGAAAAUGCCAUCAGCGGUUCUCAAACAUACCGUCCCAAUGGUCUCAGAAUCUCCUAUAAAGUUUGAAUGUUCUUACUUCUCUACGCUGCGGCUGCCCGGAAACCCUCCCAUGGGAACUGUGGACUUGAUAAUUGGGAAGGUGGUGGGGAUUCAUAUUGAUGAUGGGGUGUUAACGGAGGGUAUAGUAGAUUUGAAGAAAGUAAUGCCGAUUGCGAGGUGUGGGUACUAUGAGUAUGCGGUCGUGAGAGAGACGUUUACUAUGAUGCCUCCGGGAGACGGGAAGAUGGCUAUUGGAUUGGAAGGAAGCACGGCUGGGAAU